AUGCAAUCAACGUCACCAACAGCAGAGCAACGUCUCCAUAUCACAACAGAUCACCUCACAAAUGUCACAAUAAACACAUCCGCCCAAGAUUCUUGGGUCCACGCUUCUCUCACACAAAGCACGAACCCAUUCAAAGGCCGCCAACUGCUCGCCUCGCACCUCAUAAGCAAAGGCGAACUACUUAUAAUAGAUACGCCGUACGCUGUAAUUCCCGUCGUUGACGAUCCCGAAUCGAAUCCGGAUCUCCUAUGCAGCAAUUCCAAAUGCAGUCGGAAUAUUAUGUCCAGUGCGUCUGCGCGCACCUCAUGCCCGAGCAACUGCAUUCCCGAUGUAGCAUGGUGUAAUGAAGGCUGUCGAGCAGCGGACCAAGCGCGCCAUACGUUUGAGUGUACCUGGUUGAAGAAGUACGGCGCCUCGAUACGCUCGAAAUGGGGCGAGUACGAGUUCGGGAUGCUCUGGCUUAUUGUGCGGAUUUUGGCGACGAGGUCCGUGGAGUCGCAGCGUGGUGCGGUAUUCAGCUCGAAUCCACGCUUUAAGUCGGGAUGGGCGGCUAUCGAGUCGCUUUGUGGCUCACCUGAGACGUGGGCGUAUUCGCAGGUGCGCGCGUGGAGUACCCUGGUAAAGAAGUAUCUGAGGGAUUCCCCCUCAUUACCGCAUGGUAUGAGCGCCGAGGACGUGUUGGCACUGAUCUGUCGCGAAGAGGCCAAUUCGUUCGGUCUCUAUCCGAGAGAAACAGGGGUUUUCCCGUCCCCUGAUCCCCCGGUCGAUCGGGGGGAGCAGUUCGCCGCAGCAGUGUAUCCUCGAGCUGCGAUAGCGAAUCAUUCGUGUAGCCCGAAUAUUAUUCAUAAACCCGACAACGACCGGAGAAUGGUAUUUGUUGCGUCGUGCGAUAUCCAGCCCGGCGAGGAAUGCUGCAUAUCGUAUUUCGACUUGACGGAGUUUGUGGAUUUGAGCGAACGGAGGGAACAUCUGCAGAAAUCGUUCCGGUUUCUGUGUAAAUGUGAGCGGUGCCUUGAAGAAGAGGCACCUGAAGAAGACAACAGCUGGGACGCAUUUCCAGCUAUGGAUGAUGACGAAUAG